UAUGGCCCCUGCCUCUGUCUCCUCAGCUCCGGCUCGCCGUGGUGGAGGCUCUGGGCCCUAUGAGCCACCUGCUGCCUGGUGAGAAGCUGGAGGAGCAGCUCCCCAAGCUCCUCCCUGGAGUCCUCGCCCUCUACAAGAAGCAUGCAGAGGCCUUCCACGUGUCCAAGAGCCUGGGCCAGAUCCUCGAGGCAGCCGUGAGCGUGGGCAGCCGCACACUGGAGGUCCAGCUCGAUGCCCUGCUGGCCGCUCUGCAUGCCCAGAUUUGCGUGCCCGUGGAGUCCUCGAGUCCCCUGGUGAUGAGCAACCAGAAGGAGGUGCUUCGCUGCUUCACAGUGCUCGCCUGCUGCUCACCUGACCGCCUGCUGGCCUUCCUGCUGCCCAGGCUGGACACCAGCAACGAGAGGCUCCGUGUGGGCACCCUGCAGAUCGUGAGGCACGUCAUCAACUCAGCUG